UAGACCAGAAAGAGUCCCGAGUUAAUUUUUUCCCUACUUCCUCAUUACGCAGACAAGCUCAGUUGACACCAUCAAGGUGCGGUUUGUUUACUUUCUACACAAGUUAUUUUUUUCAGUUUCAUCCUAAGAACAGAUUGUAGUGGUAAAAUAGAAAGGGAUCAUUUUUUUUCUGCCAUUUAGGGGAAAUGGAAUUCUAAGCAUCACUUCAGUCAGAGGCUCUGCGACGGUUUGUUUCAAUUCAAUUUCUAUGGCCUCGCGCUAGUGUUCCAUGCUCAGCCAACGUUCUUUGGCCAUUUUUCAAGCCUUUGGUGAGUUUUGACUCGUUCUAUUGUCCAGCCUAGUUCUGGUGUUGUAACGUUACUUCGUUGUAGAGAAUCUUCUCAGGAACACAACACUUCGUGAGGGUAGGACUUAGCUUAGAUCUUAUUUUCAAGUUAUCGGAAAAGGUCGCAGACAGAUCAAUGUUAAUCAUGAGUCAAUAAUGGCAUCAAAUCACAUGUCUGGUUUCUUAAAUUAAACACGUUUUGACUAAGACAAAGAGUUGCUACUUUGAAGCAUCUCAAAUAUAAAAUAUAUUUCAAGUUUUGUUACUAAAUGAUUGCAUACGUGUUAUUUCAUAGUUUUGAUGUCCAAACUUUUCACUUGUACAGUAUAUAUCUAGCUAUGGCUCUACACAAAAAAUCCCCGUCUACAAGCAGCCUAUCACUGACGAAUUGGGGUCAGCCCUACUUCAAAGGCCCGACCUGACGGUAACGGAUUACAAUCUGCUCCGACGUCACAACUGCGAUGGUUAGGAAACCCCACUGUGUCAUUCCACCCAGCCCUGUGGGCACCUGAUUGAGCUUGGUGUGUGUUUGCCUUCCCCUCAAAGACAAUGUACUGCCUUCAGUGGUUGCUCCCAGUUCUCCUCAUCCCGAAACCUCUGAACCCGGCUUUAUGGUUCAACCACUCAAUGUUCAUGGGCUUCUACCUGCUCAGCUUCCUGCUGGAGAGGAAGCCAUGUACCAUUUGUGCCUUAGUGUUCCUGGCAGCUCUGUUUUUCAUCUGCUACAGCUGCUGGGGGAACUGUUUUCUGUACCACUGCCAUGACUCCGCACUACCAGAUUGUGCACACGAUCCCAGCAUUGUGGGCACCUAAGAGGAUUCCCCCUGACGUGAUGCGCAGAUGGAUCCUGGACAAUAUGUAUCUAGGCUGUGAAUCAAAUCUCCCACCUGACGCUGUCCAUGUGGAUAAACAUAGACUUCAUCCUGAUUCUCAUCCCCUCUGCCCUUAGUGU